AUUUAUACCAUUGUCAUAUCUAAAUUGUGGGUACUAAAUUCGUAGUUUAAGAUGCCGGAGGUCGAUCAAAUUUCUGGUAUCGUCGAGUACGACCUGUCCAACCUGAAGGGCGCAGUCGCCACCGCCUUCAUGUUACUUUUGAGCAGCCUGUUCCAACAUGUCGUUGAAAUCGGAGACACCACCAAAUAUCCGAGUGAUUCCAGCAAACUUCUCUUAGAAAUGGAGAAUCCUGUUUAUGAUUUUAUAAUAGUUGGUGGAAGUACCGCUGGUUGUUCCUUGGCCAACAGACUAACGGAGCAGCCCAACUGGUCGGUUUUGAUACUCGAAGCGGGCUCCUACCCGUCACCAGCUUCAGAAGUUCCAGGAUUGUACUACAGCCUCCUGAACGAAGGGCACAAGUACAAGGUGAAGGAGCAGAACAAAACUUGUUUAGGCACGAACGUAAAAACGUGCACGAUAACCGGUGGGAAUGCACUGGGUGGACGCAGCACCAUAAACAACAUGAUCUAUGCCAGAGGGGCGUUGGAGAACUACGACCACUGGGCUUACGGCACCUGGAAAGGUGCUUUGGUGCAACGAGCCUUUGAUGAAAUGGAAGAAAAUCUAAACUUGACAGUCAACCAUUAUGAAGACGACACCAAGAAGAUGUUGUACGAGUUGUACGCUGAGGCGGGGCACAAAAGGGAGAACUACGUUGGAGUGACUGAUCAUUACGUCAUGAUAAAGGAUGGAAGUCGGCUUAAUAUGGCUGAGGUGUUUUUGAACCCAAUCAAAAACAGGAAGAAUCUAAUUGUGAGCCUCAACUCGGAGGUGAUCAAGGUGAACAUCGAGAAGCAUCGGCAAGUUGAGGGGGUGGACGUCUACAUUAAUGGGAUUAAACGCACCAUAGGUGUACGAAAAGAGGUCAUACUAACUGCUGGUCCGGUGCAAAACCCCAAACUACUACUAUUAAGUGGAGUGGGUCAAAGGAUGUACCUGGUGAAACGGAACAUUAAAAUGAAAUCAGAAUUGAAAGGCAUAGGAAUGAAUUUGCAACUACACUUAGGUUUGCCCUUGUUCAUUUCGUACACGGCUUGUCCGGAUUUGGAGCCGGAUGAAACUUGCGACAAGGACAUCUACGACGAGUUCGAACGCCUAUCCGACAUCUACGAGUACGUGAUGCACAGGCGAGGCAAUCUGAGCACGUUGGUGGCGCAGGAUUUCGUUACCUACAUCAACAGCAGGCACGUCGGGGUUACAUGCCCGGACAUAGGCCUCUAUCACACCCACUUCCCGGUGAAAGAUCCAAAGCUGGACGAGGUUCUGAUAGACUUACACAUGGCUCCACUCACCAGACGGCGCCUAAUGCUGGAGAACGAGCGCAAAUCCAUUCUUCUCUUAACCAUCGCCUUGUUAAACCCGGAGAGUCGAGGACAGGUUUACCUGAACGACACCCACUACGAAGGAGACCCAGUCGUUGACACCAUGAUGUUCUCGGACGAGUCCAACAAAGACUUCCGUUCCCUCUACAAGGCUUUCGACCACGUGGUUAAUUUAACGGAAACCUCAGUUUUGAAGUCGAGGAACGCCACUCUGGUGGACAUAGACGUGCCCCACUGCCGCAAUUUUAAGUUCUGCACCCCUCACUACGUCAAAUGCUACAUUAGGAGCAUGAUUACGAUCAGGAAGAGCGUAUGUUGCACCACAAAAAUGGGGCACUUGAACAACCAUUUCGCUGUGGUGGACGUGAAGAUGAGGGUGUUGAAGAUUAAAGGGCUGAGGGUUGGGGACAGCAGUGUUAUGCCCACCAUCACCUUCGAGAACACCAUGUCCAGCGAUGCUAUGUUUGGUUAUCGGCUGGGGGAGAUCAUCAAGGGCGAUUGGCUGGAGGAUUACCACUCGGAGUUUACCAUUAACGACACCGAAGUUCAUUGAAAAAAUUUGGCAAUUUUCGUACAAAAUUUGGACGAGAUUUUGAAGGUUUCUCAAUUAAUUAACAUGAUUUCGAAGGUGACGUUUCCAAAUUUGUCUAUUGUCAUCGUUUUGUGGAUUAAUAGGAAUGAUCCAUCCUACGAAGGUUGUUUGUUGACUAAGGCUUGUUUAUUAAAUUAUAUAAUGACAAUUA